UGCAUAGAUACAACUAGGUUCUCGUCGGUGGGCUCGGUGGUACUUGGAGCUUGAAGCUGUUCGGAGCUUUGUUGAAUUUUAUGAGCGAAUGGUUGAAAUACGGACCGGAUAAAAGCGGAAGAAAAAGUGAAAAUACGCAGUACACAACAAUUCGUCGUGUGAAUCCGUGAAAACGAUAACGACGACAAAAAUGAGCGAACUCGUUUGGGGAAUAAAGAACGGCGAUCUCGAGCAAGUGCGAGAUAUUAUCGAGAACAAGAAUAUUGAUGUAAAUCAAAUGAUUGAUGGAAGAACACCACUUCAUUAUGCAGCAGAUUAUGGUCAAAGCGAAGUUGUCAGAUACUUAUUGGACAAAGGAGCAAAUGCCAAUGCUACAGAUAAGCAUGGAAUCACGACGUUACUGGCAGCUAUUUGGGAGGGGCAUACGAAUUGUGUAAAACUGUUGCUGGAGAAAGGAGCUAAACCAGAUGGUUUAACACCGGACGGUACGAGUUAUUUGGACGCGGCUGAGAAGGACGAAAUUAAACAGCUUCUUAAACUCCACUAGCAUAAAACCAAACAAAAUACGAAAUCAUAAUUUUGUUAUUUUAGUACGUUAAUGUUCCUCCUUAUAGAGAGAGAGAAAGAGAGAGAGAAAGAAUAUUCCACCACAGCUUUGUUUUUAUUUCUCGCCUAUGAUGACUAGGAUAACGUAUUUAAACACUUUAAAUUAAAUGAAUAUAGGUAUGUGGAUGCUGUUUUAUAAUAAUAAUAAUAAUAAUAAUAAUAAUAAUAAUAAUAUUAAUAAUAAUAAUAAUAAUGUACUGCAUGUCGAGAGAGUGUAUAAUGAAGAACUCAUAUUCUUCUUGCGAUAAUUAAUUCUUCAUGGUUCUAAAUAUACAUAUAAGUUACAGAUUUAUAAUAACAAGAUAUUAUUCUUUCGUAGCCGAGACAGUUACGAAAGUUAGUUUAGUUUAAACUACAAUCAUAUAACUACAAUGUAUUUUGAUAUAUUCUAUAAGAUGUAUACGUGUACGACUUUUACAUUAUUUGUUAUUAAUUUAUAAAUCUCCUAAAAAACUUUUUUAUACAUUUUUAUGUCAUAAACGUUUGAAGCAUAUUACUCCGCUUAAAUCUAAUAUUUUUGUGACGGCAGUGAAAUCCCUUAUAAUCUUAAGCAAAGUGCUAAAUUCUCCUUUGAGAUACUUGUGUGCUGAAUUGAGUUUCAAAUGAAAUAUGUAUAAAUUGCGAUACAAAGGAAAUAGUAUGUUUGCAAUGCUAACGACGUGUAACGUGUCUAACGAAUGCUACGAAUGUACAAUCAAAAAUAAUAAGCAAAUAUUGUUAUGAA